GCAGGGGGUCACCGUAAAGAUAAAAUAUGGUUUUCUCAGUGACAGUGACUUUCAUCGGUCCCUGACUCAGGCCACCGGUGCUGAAUUUAACCAGAUCGAACCGGAAGCGUGAAGGUAGAAACUGGACUCGUCCGGAUCAGCAUCCACUCCGAACAUGGAGCUGGCGGCUCAUCCAGCUCUCAAAGCCUUCAUGUGCGGCUCCCUCAGCGGCACCUGCUCCACGCUGCUCUUCCAGCCUUUGGAUCUGGUCAAGACCCGGCUGCAGACCCUGCAGAAUAACGCCAAACCAGGUGCACCGAAGGUGGGAAUGUUCACCGUUUUCAUCAACGUCAUCAGGACGGAGAAGUUCUUCAGUCUGUGGAGGGGAGUCUCGCCUUCGUUUGUUCGCUGCAUCCCUGGGGUCGGCAUCUACUUCAGCACCUUCUACUCCCUGAAGCAGCACUUCCUUCUGGACCGAGCUCCGAAUGCUGGCGAGGCGGUUCUGCUCGGAGCCGGAGCCCGAGCCGUGGCUGGAGUCUGCAUGCUGCCUUUCACAGUCAUCAAGACUCGCUUUGAGAGCGGCUACUACAACUAUGCAAGUGUUCCCGGUGCUCUGAGGAGCAUGUAUGAAACCGAGGGGCUCCGGGCUCUGUUCUCAGGGCUCACCGCCACGCUCCUCCGAGACGCUCCUUUCUCCGGCAUCUACGUCAUGUUCUACAGCCAGGCCAAGAGGGCGCUGCCACAAGAGGUGACGUCCGCGCCCUACGCCCCGCUGGCCAACUUCAGCUGUGGAGUUGUUGCAGGCGUCAUGGCGUCGCUGGUCACGCAGCCUGCAGAUGUGGUGAAGACUCACAUUCAAGUCAGCCCGUCCCGCUGGAGCACAGGAGACGCUGUACGCUACAUCUACAUGAAGCGCGGCCUGGCCGGGUUUUUCCGCGGGGCGGUGCCCAGGUCCCUUCGGCGCACUCUAAUGGCUGCGAUGGCUUGGACUGUCUAUGAACAGCUGAUGGCUCGGAUGGGCCUCAAAUCGUGAAGAAAAAUGGUGCGAAGCCACAAAAAGAGACAAAACGUGAGGGGAUGAAGAUGAAGCGUCACUGAACAGACGAGGAAGAAGCAGCAGGAACAGGGAGCACUGCCGAGUCUCUGGGCAGAGGAACGAGGCCGAUCCGUGUUAAACAAGAGAGUGUUCGUAAUUUAAGUGUUAAAUGUUGAACGUGUGUGAUUGUGAUGUUUCAACUCGUGCCU